AUGAGCCACGGCGACCCCCGACUGCUCUACUCGAUUGGCGGCAUCAGAGCCUACCACAUCCAGCAGGGCGAGGAGCAGCCCCUCACGCCUUCGGGCGCGCAGACGCUGUCGCUGCUGAUGGUGCCCACGAACUCGCCCUUCGCCGACCUCAGCAACGUGAACCCCCAGAACGAAGCGCCCGAGGAGGACUUCUACCUCCACCUGAACCUGCCUCCCGAGCUCGAUCUCCCGCUGCCCGCGACCACGCAGAUCUACCACCAGCCGCCGCGCAGCUACCUUAUCCCGCGAUGGGACCUGGGCCCCGACAGCGGCGCCUUCACGCGCAUCGAGUUCCCACCACUCGGCAGUGGACCCAACACGGUCACACAGGAGGAUAUCGACACGUUCGAGACGAUUCUCGCGCAGUGCACCGCCUUCCUCGAGCGCGCCCAGCCUCCACAGGCCAGUCGUGAUUCCAAGGGCGCCGCCAAGCCUUACAACCCCGCCGACUACGCGCCCGGCGAGGGAUACGCUGGGGGAUCCGGCAGGCACGGCGAGAUCGUGCUCGUCGACGAAGAGAAUGGCAGCGUGGUCGGCGAGUUGAGCAACGGAGCCCAGAUCAUCGAAGACCCGCGGCUGCAGCAGGGCUCCAAGACAGACCCCGUGGAGAUUGUCGUCUCUGCCGACGGUAAGAAGAUCAAGGUCCAGCCCGUGUCGGAGGACUACCUCGGCAUGGCCCGCCUGCCCGCGUAUAAGAAUUCCAGCAUCGUGCAGAACUCCGCCGCCGCCUCGCGCCUCAUCGUCACAGGCUCGACCUACAUCAGCAAUGCCCUGAUCUCCGGUGCCGAGACCUUCAUGAACAAGACGAAGCCGGCCGAGAAGCCUAUGGUCUUCAAGACAACUACGCACGAGCGCGUCCGCAAGAUCAACACCCUCACAACCAGCGUGGCAGGGCUCUCCUCGAAGACGGUCGGCGCCAUCACGAAGCAUGCGCAGAACUUCACCGCAGGCGCGCUGGGCAAGGGUCCACGAUCGGCCAAGGCAGUGCUGCCCGAUGGCACGCCAAACCCGGAUUACAAGCCUGGUCUACUCAACAAGUCCAUGAUAGCAUUCUCCACUGUUGCGGACGGCAUCGCCCACGGCGGCAAGACCCUGCUGACGCACAGCGGUGCUGCAGCCACCGCAGCCAUCGGCCACAAGUACGGCGCAGAGGCCGGCGGAAUCGCUGGAGACCUGGCUGGUGGUGUCAAGAACGUGGGUCUCGUAUACAUCGACGUGACUGGCGUCUCCCGCAGGGCCAUUAUCACGUCCGUGGCCAAGGGCAUGGUGGUCGGCAAAGUGCGCGACAAGAAGGGCGUCGAGCAAACGGUGCUGGUCGGAGGCGGUGAUGGCGGUGUCAUCAACGAGGCAGACCUCAUCCAAGGGAAGGGUGCCGAGAACAAUGGCAUUCCGCCUGGACAGAGCAGCGCCGGCCCCGCGGCGACGAUUGGCUAUGGCAACGCUGCACCGCCGAGCUACAAUGCUACCGGUAUAGGAGAGUCUCUUGAAGGACAGCCCGCAUACUACCCGCGCGAAAAGCGAUGA